GAGGCGGGUCUUACUUAAAGAUGGCGGCGCACGUGUCACGAUUCCGGAGCUGGGGCCGAGUAAAGCGGUAUGGCAUUGCAGCUUACAGACAGUACAGUUGUGGUGGUGGAUAUCCCAGUGUGUCUCUGUCCACGCCCUUACCCGGUAUCCCCAAACCCGUCUUUGCGUCUGUGAAUGGGCAAGAAAAGUACGAGACAAAAAUCACAACUCUGGAAAACGGACUGACAGUUGCCUCACAGAAUAAAUUUGGGCAGUUCUGCACAGUUGGAGUUUUGAUAAAUUCAGGAUCUAGGCAUGAGGCAAAAUAUCCCAGUGGAAUUGCACACUUUUUGGAGAAACUUGCCUUUUCUUCAACAGCACAGUAUGGAAGCAAAGAUGAAAUUCUCCUUACUCUUGAGAAGCAUGGAGGAAUCUGUGACUGCCAAACAUCCAGGGACACAACCAUGUAUGCAGUUUCUGCUGAAGUUAAAGGGCUGGACACUGUUGUCAGCCUCCUGUCGGAUGCAGUUCUACAACCUCGUCUCUUAGAUGAGGAGAUUGAGAUGGCCCGCAUGGCUGUACGCUUUGAGCUGGAAGAUCUUAACAUGAGACCAGACCCUGAGCCCCUACUAACAGAAAUGAUACAUGCGGCGGCAUUUCGAGGGAACACAGUGGGUUUGCCUCGCUUUUGCCCCCCUCAAAACUUGGAGAAGGUUGACCGCACUCUGCUGCAUACCUACCUACGCAGCUAUUACUGCCCAGAGCGUAUGGUGCUUGCAGGCGUUGGCAUUGAGCAUGAGCAGCUGGUUGCCUGUGCCAGGAAGUAUCUGCUGGGAGUAACUCCAGUGUGGGGAGCAGGAACACCUGCAAAUGUUGACAAGUCUGUUGCACAGUACACUGGGGGCAUCAUUAAGACAGAGAAAGACAUGUCAGAUGUGAGCUUGGGCCCAACACCCAUCCCUGAGCUUACACACAUUAUGAUUGGCUUGGAAAGCUGCUCUUUCCUUGAGGAUGACUUCAUCCCCUUUGCAGUUCUCAAUAUGAUGAUGGGUGGAGGUGGUUCCUUCUCAGCAGGAGGUCCUGGCAAGGGCAUGUUCACUCGCCUCUACCUCAAUGUGCUCAACAGGCACCACUGGAUGUACAAUGCAACCUCCUACCAUCACAGCUAUGAGGACAGUGGUCUGCUCUGCAUCCAUGCCAGUGCUGACCCUAGACAGGUACGGGAAAUGGUGGAGAUCAUAACAAGAGAGUUUAUCCAAAUGUCCAGCGUGGCAGGAGAGAUGGAGCUGGAGCGUGCCAAAACACAACUGAAGUCCAUGCUAAUGAUGAAUCUGGAGUCACGGCCUGUCAUCUUUGAGGAUGUGGGCCGACAGGUGCUGGCCACGGGCCGCAGGAAACUCCCACAUGAGCUGUGCCAGCUGAUCAGCAGUGUAACAGCAAGUGACAUCAGAAGAGUGACAACAAGGAUGCUGCGCAGCAAGCCAGCAGUAGCAGCACUAGGAGACCUGACAGAGUUGCCCUCAUACGAUGACAUCCAGGCAGCGCUGUCUAGCAAAGACGGGCGUCUUCCUCGCACCUACCGGCUGUUCCGUUAGAUGGGGAUACAGGACGCAUCAGAAGGGCCGCUGUAUUAGAGACUGGCACACAGCACUGCUUGUUCACUGGAGGGGGGUUUGACAGUGGAUGGUUGCAAAAGACUGCAUGGUUGCAGUUUUUUACUGGGGGGAGAACUUGGCAGGCAACUAGGACCCACAAAAUGUUUUUUUUUUUUUUUUUUUUUUUUUUGUUAAAGUGUGGUGUAACGAUAACAGGAAAGAGUCCUGAGAAACAGGAUUUUGUUGGGCAUGGUGUCAGAACUGUCUUUUUUUUUUUUUUUCUGCACUAUUGAGUAUAACUAGAUCUUGACCAUAUCAGAUAAAAAGAACUGUGUCCCAGUAUGACAUUCAAUUUUUGUGCUACCCAAUUAAGAAAAAAAAAAUAAACAGUUGAAUCUUUUCUGAAAGUUCAAACUGAUAUGCUCUAGAUCAACAUGGAAAAGUUAUCUCAGCAUCUAACCACAAAAGGAUAAUAAAUCUAGGAAAGACUGAUCUGGAGAAUUGUGCACGUUUUUCUCUGUGGUUUUGGCCAAACAUGUUUGUACUUUUCUUAACCAUCCUGUUUAGUGCUUUUCCCUGUUCUUUUAAUCCUGUCCAACCCUCAAAGCAGAGAAACGUUUCAAAUAUUCAUAUUCCAGUUGUUUGUGCAGAUGUUGUACUGUUGUCUUUUGUGUCCUACCUUUUUGUCUUCUGUUUAUUUCUCAUAGUUUGAACUCCUGUUACAUGGUCUGUGAUUAGUUUGAUUCUACCGGAAACACCAUGCUUUAAUUUAUUAUUGACAAAUACUGCACUGCUGCAUUUCACCAUGUUUCUGUUCUUUCCCCAUAUUUUAAUUGGACUUCCCUUAAACCCUUGUCAUACUGACAUACUGCAGAUGUCCAUCUGUAGAGGAAAAAAAUCACUCAUGACCUUUUUAGUCAGUUCAGUAUUUAAUCCUUACACUGGUGUUUUGUUUGAAGCUAAAAUUGACAUUAAAUAUAUUUUAUGUUUAACUGAA